CGUCAUCGUUCCAUGCUUCUCUCCCACAUUCUGCCUGUGACUCUCUCGCAGUCUGUUGGAAUUUUUCGUGGCGUUCGGUUCGUUUGUUCGCAUUCGCGCGCAUCAGCAGUAACAGAAAAAACAAACAAUUUUUGUAUUGGCCGGCGCGUGUUUUUUAAAGAUUUUUGGCCAGUGUUUGAUUAAUUAAAGUGCACAUUUUAUUGUGCGUAACUGCAACUAAUUGCAUUCCCUAUAUCAAGUGAACAAGUUGUGCAAUUAACAAGUGCUGAAAUACAACAACAACAACAAAAGGACGUUUUACAACGAAUUAAAAAUGGCUUAAGGGCCCAAAACGCAGACACAAAUUGAAACAGUAAAAAAGUUUUCGAAGCGCAUCCGUGGAGGCAACAGCGAGAGAAGCAGUCGCCGCAACUUUAGAGCAACGCGCCCGCAAGCCAAGGCCAAACAGCAACCGCAGCAAUGGCAACAUUAAUCCCAGCGAGCGCAGGAAAUCAUCCAGCGAGCGCCCAGUCCUCAAAUGUUGAGGCCACAUAUGAAGAUAUGUUCAAGGAAAUCACACGUAAACUGUACGGCGAGGAGACCGGCAACGGUUUGCACACGCUCGGCACACCGGUGGCUCAGGUGGCCACCAGCGGACCCACCGCGGUGCCCGAGGGCGAGCAACGCUCGUUUACGAAUUUGCAACAAAUUGAUCGCACCGCAGCUCCCAGCAUUGAGUACGAGGCAAGUGGUGCUGCGGGCGGUGCUGGCAGUGGCAACAACGUGGCCACCACACAGGCCAAUGUAAUCCAGCAACAACAACAACAACAGCAGCAGCAACAGCAACAAACGGAGUCUGUGGUGGUUAGUGCCAGUGGCAGUGGCGCCACUGUGGUGCCGGCGCCCAGCGUCGCCGCCGUGGGCAGCUUCAAGUCCGAGGAUCAUCUGAGCACCGCCUUUGGCCUGGCCGCACUCAUGCAGAAUGGCUUUGCCGCCGGCCAAGCGGGUCUGCUCAAGGCCGGCGAGCAGCAGCAGCGAUGGACGCAAGAUGCAGGAUCUGCGGAGCAGCAGCAGCCACAGCUGGUGCAGUGGACCACGGGUGGCAAGCUGCAGAGCUAUGCCCAGGUCAAUCAGCAGCAGCAGCAGCAACAACAGCAGCAACAACAACAACAGCAACAGCAGCAGCAACAACAACAACAGCAGCAUCAAAGCACACCCAAGUCCAAAAAACAUCGUCAGGAGCAUGCAACGGAGCUGAUCUAUGCCAGCCCCUCCACAUCGGCCAAUGCGGCACAGAAUCUGGCCCAAAACACGCCCACCUCAGCGCCCACCAACAGCAGCAGCAGCAGCGGCGGCAGCAGCUCCUCCGGCGGUGGAGGCGGCGGCGGCAGUCGCAAGAAAUCCUCCCAGGCACAGGCAGCAGCAGCCGCCGCAGCGGCCAAUGGAGUGCAUAUAGUGAAGCGUUAUGCCUGCACACAUUGCCCGUAUUCGACGGAUCGUCGGGAUCUGUAUACGCGCCACGAGAACAUCCACAAAGAUGAGAAACCCUUUCAGUGCUAUGCCUGCCUCAAGCAGUUCAAUCGUGCCGAUCACGUCAAGAAACACUUUCUGCGCAUGCAUCGCGAACUGCAGUACGACAUUAACAAGACGCGUCGACAUGUUCCCGCCGGCAGUGGGUCAGGUGGUGGUGGUGGUGGCUCUGGUGGCAGUUCACAUCAUGCGGGCGGACGUGGCAAUGUGACGAUCAAUGCGACGGGCGUGAACAUUGACAAUGCAUUCCUGGAGGCCCAGCGACAUCCCACCUCGACCAGCAUGAGCAUUGUGGAGACCAUCGAGGCGGUGGCCUCCGCUGCCGACAUGCCCCUCGCCCAGCUCAAGCAGGAGAAGCUCGACGAUGGCUCUGUCCUCCCCCUGCAUGUGGGCGCCAUCAUGAACAAUGCCCAACAGCCGGUGGCCAGCUCCAGUUCCGGUUCCGGCAGCAGCUCAGCCGCCGGCUCCGGUCUGUUGAAGCCCAAGCGAGAGAAACGCUUCACCUGCUGCUAUUGUCCCUGGUCGGGUGCCGACAAAUGGGGCCUCAAACGGCAUCUCAACACACACACAAAGCCAUUCGUCUGCCUGCUCUGCGACUACAAGGCGGCACGCUCCGAGCGUCUGGCCACCCAUGUCCUCAAGGUGCACAACAAGCGGGCCUGCAGCAAGUGCUCCUAUCUGGCGGACACGCAGGAGGAGUUCCAGGUUCACAUGAGUGAUGUGCAUCCGCAUGACAAUCGUCCAGCGCGCAGCAGCAGCACCAACAAUAGUGGCAACAACAACAACAUUAGCGGCAACGGCAACAAUAACAAUGGCAACAACAAUGCAACACAUAGCCAGAAUUUGAAUGUCUUGCGAACCAUUGGAAACACCUUGGUGGCCAAUAAUCAACUGAACACGUUCCACAAUGCCGGCAACGCUUUUGGUACAUCCAGUGGCGGUGGCCAAACCGUUGGCAAUGUGAGCGGCAGUGGUGCCGUUACCAUCUACACCACCACCACCAAUGAGGGCGUGUCUGGAGGCGGCGGAAGUGGCAACAACAUCACGGGCGGACCCUUGCAGGAGAUCAUUGUGAAUCCCACAUCGAUGGUGGGUUGGCGUCUCAGUGCCAACGGAUCCUUGAUACCACCGCACGAUCUUCUCACUGGCAGCCUUCCGAAUGCCGCCACACAAAAACGCGGCUCGGAGCGUUUAUUUCAAUACCUCGAAGCCGAGGGCAGCGAUCCGGAGGACUAUGCGCGUCUGCUCAAAAUGGACGCCAUAAGUCGCAACACAGCUUCGGUCGCUCAGGAUUUUCAUAAAGCGGGAGGCGUGCACGAGUUGAAAAUACCAGCAAAUCAUCAACUCCUGUUCAAUAAUAAACUGCCUUCGCAAUGGACGACACGUGAGGCUGCAGCGCUUCUACACAGCUUGAGCAACAUGGGCAGCAACAGCAACAGCAGCAACAUCAAUGGCAACAGCAGCAGCGGCAACAACAACAAUGCACAGCGACAAAAGUUUGGCGUGAUGCGUGCUCGGCAACACUCGACGGGAGAGGAUGAUGAGAAUACGCCUUCGUCGGCAUCAUCGUCCUCGUACUCGGGCGAUGAGUUCAACAUGUCGGCAACAACAUCGCCAAUGAAAGUGUCGCGUCAUGGCAACAGCAGCAACGGCAAAAGCUUGCGAGCUUCCGAAGAGAGCGAGCACAAAGAGCAGAGCAACAACAAGGCGAUGAUGGCGACGGCAUUUCUGGAAGCAGCAGCUUACGAACAAACGGCCAUCGAGUUGCUUGCCAGCAAGCGAAAGCUCAAAAUUGAGUAUGACGAAGAUCAAGAGAAUCAACAACAACAGCAGCAGCAGCGAGUGCAGCUUAUUAAAUCGUCUCCCGCGUAUAAACUAAAUAACAACAACAUCAACAAUAACAAUAAUAAUAACAACAACAACAACAACAGCUAUUACAAAGAGAAAUCUCACAGAAAUGCCGUACAUCAUCGCCAGGAUGAUAAGGAGAACAACACGAGCAGCACUGAAACCACAACAGCAACAGCAGCGGCGGCAGCAGCAGCGGCAGCAGCAACUGUUGCAGCUGCUGCAGCAGCAGCUGGUGUCACAGCAACACCAAACAGUCACAGCAACAGCAACAACACAACCACAACACCUUUUCUCACACAAAUGGAAUACCAGAAUCUCAAUCGCAUUGGAACACAAUUUCAGAAUUAUGUUAAGGAUAUUAUUAACAAAUAUUAUGCAGCUGAAACGCCGCUUAUGCUUGCCGCGGCAGCAGCAGCGCUGCCCACAGCGACGACCACAGGGCAGCAGCGCGAGAGAGAGCGUGAUCUGCUUAACAGAGAGCGCGAGAGCAGCGAGCAACAAUUGUCGCCCGGCAAGCGACGACGUCUGAUGAGCGAGACCGAAGAGUACAUUGAGUAUUUGCGCAACAAAGAGGAUAUAACGCUUACCAUAACACCAAAAGUGGGCAACAGCAGCGCAGCGACAGUGCUCAAGUCAGUACCAAUGCCAGCGGCAACGCCAACGCUGACGCUACCGACGCAGUCGCUGCUUAAACGUCAGCUGGAUCUGGCGCCGCGUAAAAGUCCCAAGAAGCCAGCAGCAAUCCAAGUCCCUCUUAACAGCAACAACAACAACUGCAAUGGCAGCGCUGGAAAUGCAUCGCGCAAGUCUCUCAAUCAUCUGGCAACGCUGCUGCCGCUGCUUGCCGACGCAGCCAGCAAGCAGGAGUAUUUGACAGCGCCGCUUGACUUUAGCAAAAAGUCAGAGGCAGAGACGGGGCGCAGUUCGCGUAAACAGGCACAGCCGAAGAAAAUACGACUCACUCCCGAGGCCGUGGUGGCCAUGCUUCGUGACAAGCAUCUCAAUCGCUUGGGUCAACAGAAGCUUUGCUGCGCCAGCUGCGCAGCCAGUCAGCGACGCAAUGGAAGUAGCGGCGGCGUAAGCUUCAACUAUCAUACGCUUGGCUCUCUGGCGCUGCAUCGCUUUUGGAAGCAUCGAGCUUUGAAAGCUGCCGCUCUCGAAUGUAAACAGUGCAGUGCACAGUUUGAGCGACGCUACAGUUUACUGCUGCAUCGACGGUUGAAGCAUGCUCAUCCAGAGAAGAAACUCUGUCACUAAAAUUAGCAAAUGUUUGCUUGCCAUAUACACAUUUCUCUUGCAUUAGGCAUUAACAUUGAAAAUUCAUUAAAAAUUGCAUUUAUUUGUUAAAUUUUAAGUUGUGAUGUACCUGAAAUAUGAUUUCUCUUUACAAAAAAACAAAAACAAAACAAAAAACAAUUACAAACACAAUGAUAUUGUAGAAAGCAGCGUCCCAUUUCGAUGAAUUUCAUAUUAUACUUAAUAUUAGUUGUAUAAUUGAGGUUAUGUAAAUGCACACUCUCCCACAAACACACACACACACACACACACGUUUGUGUAAUACUCACCAUGUAGUGUUAAAAGACAUGAGCAACAACAAAAACAUUUACACUUAAAUAUUUAUAAUGAAAAACAAAAACACUUAAUAGAAUUUCGAGAUAUUUAAUGAGCAUUUAUCAAAUAUCUUGGAAUUCAAUGCAAAAUCAUUUGUGAAGUAAAAUAGCUUUAAUUUGCCAUUAUUCAACUUCAUUUAUAUAAUAACUAUAAAUAUUAUUAUUAUUGUUUAGUUACUUAAUGCGAGUAAUCUUUGCCAUCUUAUACAUUAUAUGAUCGUAAUUUUCUAGUUAAUUAAGUUGUGUUAUUAUACAUACAUACAUAUAUACAUUUACAGUUACAUUAACGUAUACAUACAUAUAUAAUUUAUACAAAAUGAAUGCAAACCUCAAUACCUUUUUGCCUUAUUUUUUAAAUUAAGCUUUAAACAAGAAUAUUGCAUAUUAUGUACAUUUAGUUAUAUUUUUAGUUCUGAGCAACAGAAACGCCCACAAUCACAAAAACAACAACAUCUUCAACUGCAUUCAGCAUAUGGCAAAAGAAAAGUUUUUAGUAUAUUUAAAUAUUAAAAACACAAACAAAAUAACAAUACCUACUAUAUAACUGUACGUGUAGUUGUACUUAUGAUUUUAUCAAAGAAGGAAACAAAGAAAGGAAAGAAGAUAGAUAACAAAAACAGA